AUGAACGACGAGAAGUUCAUCUCUAGUAGCUCUGCUGGAGGUGCAGAAGCUGUAGUGAAGAUGAACACCGACGAUGGCAGAAGUACAACCGCAUCCACCUCCUCCACCUCUUCUUUCUACGUCGACGGGCUUGUGAAUGCCGCGGCCGCUUCGGUGAAGGGGUUGUUCCUCGUCCGGAGAUAUCAAAUGCAAAAAUGUCUGGGUCUGGAAGAUUGCAAGGUUUGUCAUGCAUAUUCUGCAUGGCCCAUGAUGCUUGUCGUGCAUGACUUAGCAUCACAGUUUUUUGGAAGGCUUCCUGAUGCCUGUUCCGCAUGACAAAUGCCCUCUCCGCGUAGCACAAUCUGGGCUCCUCUUGCUGGUCAUGCAACACAGAUUUUUUUAGAAUCCAAAGACAGCAUGACAAGUUUGGAUCCUUCCAGACCCAGACAUUUUUGCAUUUGAUAGGAGGUUCCCACUGGUGAAACCGCCAUCGGAGCUCGCUACUGUGAGGAAAAAUCCCCCCUCCCCAUAUCGAAAAUGGAUUUUGUGUUGCUGUAUUUGAGUACACAAAUCGACUUGUAUUGCUACAAGGCCAAGAGGCGCAGUUGCUCCCUCGUUUGUAGACAAUUUGUCAUGCUGUUUCCCGUUUCCAAUUGCUUCCUGUCAUGCUGAAGACGCUAGGCUUUCCUACGUCAGCGAGCACUACAGAACGCAUCUCUUCCCUUCUAGCAUGACAAAAGGAUUUGUGGUCACAAAUCAUGCUACACAAAUCUCCGGUUUAGUAUGGGGAGGGGGGAUUUUUCCCUUUGAUACUCGCGGAACUUUGUUCUCCCUACGUCGACGGGCUUGUGAAUGCCGCGGCCGCUUCGGUGAAUCUGAUUCCCCCGUGCGACGAGGGAGCUAGUUACAUGACGGAGCAUAAUUACGGAACCACAACAGUGACUAGAACCACGGGUUCUUUUGCAGCUUCGCAAAAUCUUCUAAAUCAACAGCAGUACAACAAUAGCAAAAAUUCCAACCAAGAAAACGACUUCCAACUGCACCGCAACGCCGCGAGACACUGUAAGACCGCCUUUAAUAACGGAGGUGUGGCCGCCUCCGCAAGUGGUGACGGCGCUGUUGUUCCAUCAUCGCAGCGCGAAACUGAAGAUGAUGUUGGUGGUGCAACAAACCUCAAAAACAACAACAAAAUUCUAGAAUCCCACUCCACCCGCAUGAUUGAAUUUCACUGCUCCCAUAUGCAAGAAAAAAACUCAUGUAAGUGUAAGUCUGUGAUGCAGAAAGUGCAAAGUUGUUGCUGACGUGGAGGUGAGUUGCUGACCCGAAUGCCGUGGAGGUGAGUUGUUGCUGACAAAAAAAAGCUUUAGCGCACUCGACUGAACCUGUGAAUAAAACAUCCAACCUCAU